AAAAUAACGUGUUUGAAAUCUGGUCCUAUCGACCCAAAUGUCCCUUCAAACACCGUGGCCCUAAUAGUACCCUCAAUCCCGACCCUCUCAAGAACAAUUUCCAUAGAGGGAGAAAACGAGAUUGACGAAGAACACUUCUUCUUCGCCAGAGGGCCAAUCAACCCUUCGAUUGAUUCUACUGAAUUUACGUAGUCCUCUAUUGAUCUGAUCUCUAGGUCUUCUUAAUUGGUUAAAGUCGAAAUGGAUCAAGAGAAUGACCCGGCAGGUGCUGUCAGGCCCUCAAAUCGUCAGGGAGGGGUGAUUGGACAAAAUAGGAGAGCAUUAAGCACCAUCAACGUGGAUUUAGUCGCCCCUACACAGUAUUCUUGUGCUGUGUCCAAGAGAAAUGGCUUCAAGGAAAACAAUGCAAAUGUAGCUAAUAAGAACACACCUCAAGUUCUUGCUCAUCGUCCCAUCACGAGGAAAUUGACUGCACAAUCCGCUAAAAAACAACAGCAGCGGCAUCAACCAUUCACUUAUGGUACUAAGCCACCACUCCAAUCAGCAGCACAUAGGAAUAAAUAUGGUGUUGAUGAUGACUUCAAUGUUCCCAUGUUUGUGCAACACACAGAGGCUAUGCUGGAGGAAAUAGAUCAGAUGGAUAAAGAAAUUGAGAUGGAAGAUGUGGAGGACUAUGUAAUUGUUGAUAUAGACAGUCCAGACAAGAAGGAUGCACUUGCUGUGGUUGAGUAUAUUGAUGACAUAUAUGCAUACUACAAGAAGACUGAGACCUCUAGCUGCGUGCCCCCGGACUACAUGGAUCGGCAGCCUGACAUCAAUGAAAGAAUGAGAGGCAUUCUCAUUGACUGGCUCAUUGAGGUGCAUUACAAGUUUGAACUGAUGGAGGAGACUCUUUAUCUGACAGUGAGUCUCAUAGAUAGAUUCUUGAAUCUCCAACCGGUAGUUAGGAAAAAGCUCCAGCUUGUUGGGCUAACGGCAAUGCUUCUCGCUUGCAAAUAUGAAGAAGUGUCUGUUCCUGUUGUGGAAGAUCUCAUAUUAAUUUCGGACAAGGCUUACACUAGGAAGGAAGUAUUAGACAUGGAGAAGUUAAUGUUAAAUGUCUUACAGUUCAACAUGUCAGUGCCCACGCCGUAUGUGUUUAUGAGGCGGUUUAUUAAAGCUGCACAAUGUGAUCGGAAGUUGGAACUCAUGUCUUUCUUCAUGAUUGAACUAUGCCUUGUUGAGUACGAGAUGCUGCGGUUCUCGCCCUCUCUGUUAGCGGCCGGGGCGAUCUUUACAGCUCAAAGCAGUCUGAUUGGCUGCAAACAGUGGGACAGAACUUGUGAGAAGUAUACUGGAUAUACUCAUGACCAACUGUUGGAGUGCUCAAAGCUGAUGAUUUCUUUUCAUCACAAGGCAGGAACUGGGAAGCUAACUGCAGCAUUCAGAAAGUACAGUGCAUCCCAAUAUGGCCGUGUUGCUAAGGAUGAGAUUUUCAAUUUUCUUCAAAAUGCAUCUAUGUUUUAUUAGGUGUGCAGGAUUGAACACCUAAUGACUGGUGAGGUAGGGACCGGAGGGGGGGGGGGGGUGAGCUGCAACAAAAGUUGCCCCUAGGUGGAUGCUAUAUUUUGUUAAUGUCAGAAUGUCUUUACAUUUCAUCUAGACAAUAUGCAUUUAUUAAUAUGAAGCUAUUAGGUGUUGAAGGUUUCGUUUGGAUUUGCCUAAUAUUGGAUCACUGAAUAUUGUUGUCAUCUAUAGUUUAGUUUUGUUCAAGUGCAAAAAGCUUAUUAUUUGACCAUCAAACCUUGAAAUAUAAUUACAUAAGCUAUUGUACUCCAUUUCU